GUCGGCCCGGCCCGGCCGGCCGGGGCUGCGGGAAGCCCGGGGGCUGCCGUCAUGCAGGAGAACUUCGGGUGCUCCGUGGCCAAUCGCUUUUACCAGCUCCUGGACGACGAGUCGGACCCGUUCGACGUCCUGCGCGAGGCUGAGCGCCGCCAGGAGCAGAGGAAGAAGCGCGACGCGGCGGCGGCCGUCGCCAAGAGAGCCGUGCCCUCUGGCCGGGUGGGCGGCGGCAAGAGGGAGACCCAGAAGGAGCGCAAGCAGCCGGAGAGUUCCCCGGCGCACUCCCCUGCGGCGCCGCCGCAGCCAGGCCCAAAGCGAGCACCGAGGCAGGGAGAACAACAAAGGUUCAGCAACAGAAGCACAGAGGGGAAACAAGAUAAAACUGAAUGGAGACCAUCUUUCCGAGAACACCGUCCCUAUGGAGCACAAAGACAAGUGGAAUUCUCAGUGAAGCGACCAGUGGAAAGAUUAGACUAUGAAAGAACAAUAAGAGGUCGUGGUGGAGGAAGAGGUGGAAUGAGAGAUAGAGGAAGACGUGGUGGAUUAAGUGGAAAUUUUGAUGGGUUUGGCCAAAUAAGAAAACAAGAACCUGAAAAACAAAAUGGGAAUGAUAAAACAGGAGUGAAGGCAGAUGACAAAAAGGGAGGAGGUGGAGCUCGCGAUUGCAGAACAAUUAAAGAUGAUGCAAGUGGGACGGAGCAGACUGCAUAUAUGGAAGAGACUGUGGAAACUCCUGAAGAGCCAGGGAGAUCUGAAGGAGAGCCUCUGAGCAAACCUGCUGAAGGAGAACCAAUGGAAGAAGUAGUUCAAGAAAUGACAUUAGACGAGUGGAAAAAUCUUCAGCAACGGAAUCGACCAAAGCCUGAAUUCAACAUCCGGAAGCCAGAAUCCACUGUACCUUCGAAAGCAGUUGUGAUUCACAAGUCAAAAUAUAGUUACGAUUUGCAAAAAGAAGACUUUGAAGAUGAUUCUCAUGUCUUUCGAAAACCAGUGAAUGAUAUAACUUCUCAGCUGGAUAUUAAUUUUGGGAGUCUUCCUUACCCUGGCCGUGGAUCAAGAGGAGCACGAGGUGGUCGUGGUCGUGGCAGAAGAUCUGAAGAGACAAGGCCUCGACCGGAAGUAGUGGUGCAGCUUGUUGCUCCAAAUCCUGAUGAUCCUGAGGAUUUUCCAGCUUUAGCUUGAAGACCCCUCAUGAAUGGUGGUAUCUCAAUCACUUUGUAACUAUGAUGAGACCAGUUCUAUGCUGGUGUGGAUUAAGGAAGCCUGUCUGUUUCCUUCUGGAAAGUUGUUUGGGUGUUUGGUGUGGAAUGAUUGCAGCUCUCUGCUGAUAGGGUUGGUUUCUGGAAAUUUGGGUGGACUGGGAUCCUGUCACAGGGUGCAAUUUCUGCCUCCAUUUGUGAAACCUAUGGGAAGGCUUACAGUACUUCCCUACUAGGCUUCAAGUGAAAUUAAAGGGAAGAGUGUUUAAAAAUGUAUAUAUAGAGAUUAUAUCAAGUUCUCCAUGAUACCAUGGUGAAAUGUAAACUGUACAACACAAUGUCCAGUUGGGACUCAAUUUCACUGUACAUUUGAAAGCUGUUUUCUUUGGGUGAAGUGUGUACUUGAGGCAAUUGCAGUUCUUCAGUUUGGUAAAUAAAGAAAAGUGCACAUUG